AUGGAAAUAUUUCUCAAAUUACCCAAAGAAAUAUUAUCAUUAAUUUUUAGUAACAUCAAAGAUAAAUCUAUAAUCAAAAAUUUAUUAUAUAUUCCAGGUUUACAAUAUAUUGUUUUAGAACGAAAGUAUCCAAAAUAUGAGAUAGAUAAUAACAACAAUUCAAUUGAAACAUUGAUAGAUCUUUAUCAACACUUUGAGUUUAUACCUUCAAUAAUUAUUGGGAAUGUAAAACAAAUCAAUCAACUAGUUAGUGAGUCAAGUUUCAAGUUAGUCAAUUAUGAGGUUAAAAUUUUAAAAGAUACUACAUUUACUGAUCUAGUCUCAAUCUUGCAUCAAGUUUAUAUUGUAGGUGUACAUUUGGAUCAAUAUUUGAAACAUUGCAAUGUGAAAUUGAAAAAGAAUGAAAUCAAAUCAUUCCUAAAUUUUGUUGAAAGCACCUUCAUACAAUCAUUGACAACAUCUCAUUUCAAUGUAUUCCCAAUUCAAUUUCCAACAACAUUAAAGGAACUAACAUUAGAUAAAGGUCAUGAAAUUAAUUUGAAUUUAACUGAUUUACACCAGCUUGAGUCAUUUAAUUGCAAAAGUCUCCGCGAGAUGAGUUCCUUGGAUGAUAUUCAGCUUCCAUUGUCCAUGAAAAAUUUAAGACUUGAUUCUUGUGAUAUUGAAACUUUAGGUGAUGUACUCAAGUAUAAGAAUCUAAAUUUACUUGAUAUUUCUAGUUGUCCUGAACUUUUUGACCUAGUUUAUACCUUGUUCCCCGAUUCGUUAAAAACUUUGAAUUUCAUUAACAAUUUCCAUCGUCGUAGGAUAGACGAGUUAUAUGAAGAAAACCGAUUUAGGAUUCUGUACUUUUCACAAAUAGACUGGUGGAUUCUUAUCGAUGCUGCCUUUCGGUUUCCACCAAAUUUAAAGAAUUUAAAGAUUUGCGAUACUACGCAUACCCUAGACAUAGGAAGUGUUGAGUUUCCGAAAGCCCUCGAUUGUUUGGAAUUAAAUAGUAUGGGAUGUCUUGAGUUAGACGAAGUUUUAGUCAAUUUACCAAAGAAAAUGUCCGAAAUCAUUAUCACAAAUUGCUGGAUUCCAACUGAAGGUCAUGUUUAUUUUCCUGAACUGGAGCGGAUUAAGUUUACAAAAAAUAACAUAGGUUAUGAUUUGGUAGAUUCAAAUUUAAAUCAAUUGAAAUCUUUAAAGGUGUUGGAUGUGUCAGACAAUUAUUGCUCAGGUCAUGGCUGUAGAGUAGGCCGACUUGAUCCAUCGGAACUUUUUACUCAUGCGGAAGGACAUGUAUGGUUCAAAUCACCGAAUUUGCGAGACUUAAUUUUGAAAGGUUCAGUGCCAAUAGAUUUUAAAGCAUUUCCACCACCUCAAGUGUCAUUUGAAUGUGAAAAUUUGACCAAAUUGAAAAUGAUAAACUUAAAUACUGGCUUAUUGGAUCUUGAUCAUUUUCCCAUUUCAUUAGAGGAAUUGAGCAUCAAUAAUUUGAAAUUGUUAAUAAUUCAAGGAAAUUUUUUCAAUUUAAGUAAUUUAAAGAGGUUGGAUUUAGAGAAUAAUGAAAUAACUUUUUCAAUGUUAAGUUCUCAAAAUUUUCCAUUAAAUUUAACUCAUUUAAAUUUAUCAAAUAACGAAAUUGAAGAUUUAGGUUGUUUAGUUUUAGAUAAUUGUACCAACUUGAAAGACUUAAAAUUGAAAGAAGUAACUUCAGAACGUGAACCUGAAGGUGCGACUCGGUUAAGGAAUUUUUUAUUUUAUCUUGAUACUAAUGUGGAUGCAAUUUUAACCAAUUACGAUUCAGAAGUGAUUUUUGAAUUUGUUAAUGGAGCUGAAAAAGACUCGAUUUUAAAGUCUAUUUAUAAGAAAAGAAGAAUUCGUUAG